GGCCAAUCCAAUCCAGCAUCCAAACCAAAUUACGAAUCCAAAUCGCCCUGUACUGCGGAGAAGCUAGAGUAGCGAAUUCUGCGGCUGGGUAGAGGCGUGCACGGCAGCACCCGCGUAGCACCGGCACUUCGGGCGGUGCUACUAGCCUACCACCUACGAGAACAGAAGUAACGUAACGUUGAGAAGUAACCAUGUACUACUACUGAGCCGGGACGGAAAAACAGCAUCGAAAAACUCGUACUCACGGUAGCGCCGUAGCGCGAUCCACCUGUGUGAUGCAAGAGCAACACCGACCAGCGCAAGAGUAACCCCUUCGUUGUGCCCGCUUCCCUAGGCGAAGCGUUCACCAUUCAUCUGCGGCGCAAUGUCCUGCACAAAGAAAACAGUGCUGAUGCUAGUAGUCUUUAUACUCGUCUCUGUGCUAGUCGCCCGAAUACAGGACGCUAUCGAAGUCGAAGAACCGUGGACGGUUCGUCCGGAGACAGCGUCAAUGGACGUUGUUCUUGAUGACCGGUAUCGGCAUGUCAUGCACUUCGUUCAGGUGACAGACACGCACCUGAGUGUUCUGACAGACCCAGGACGAGCAGUGGAUCUGAAGGAGUUUAUCCGUGACACCAUCAUGAACGUCAUCAAACCACCUAUUGUGGUCAUGACAGGCGACAUUGCAGACUCGGUGCGGCCUGGCUUUCUGCAGUCGGGGCAGCAGCGUGAAGAGUGGCAGCUGUACUGGAGAGCCAUCUACGAAACUGGGGUCACUCGCCAGCUGGCUUGGCUCGACAUACGGGGAAACCACGACAACCUCAACUUGGCCUCAUUUGGGAGUGACCACAACUUUUACCGGGUCUACUCCGUUAGGGGCCGCGUCCACCCCCAUUCAUACUCGUACACCCACCGGGAGGGCGCAGACACCUACAGCUUUAUCGCCAUUGACACUUGCACUGAUCCUGGCAUCAAGCGGCCCUUCAACUUCGUGGGAUCUUUGCCCGAGGACCAACUGAGUGCCCUGCUGGAGAUGAAGGAGGAGAGCAGACGAAGCAACUUCACCGUCUGGUUUGGCCACCACCCGACAUCCAGCGUCGCCUCCGUCGAGAUCAGGGAACUCAUGAGGCACAGCGGACCCUACCUGUGCGGACACUUCCACACGUUUGGCGGACUCUUCCGCGAACUCUACCUUCUUCAGCCGACGGGGGCCCUGGAAUUGGAGUUGGCGGACUGGAAGCACGGACGCACGUACCGUCUGGCUGCCGUAGACCAUGGCCUGUUCAGCUUUGUAGACGUCACCUAUAGGCAGUGGCCGAUCAUCCUGGUAACUAACCCCAAGAGUGCCCUGUUGUCCAUGCCGUCCAUCGAGCCACUGGGACGCAUGGCUAGGUCGACACACGUCAGGGUGCUGGUGUUCUCCCCGAAGCCCGUGGCGCGAGCCCGCUUCAGCGUGGACGGCGGAGAGUGGGCUUCGCUGCGGCACGUGAACGGCUCACCGCUGUGGGUGGCACCUUGGGCGCCCCAACGCUUCACCAACGGGCUGCACGAGCUGCACGUGCAGGUGACGGACGUGAACGGCACGGUGCUCGCCGAACACCGGACGGAGUUCUCGCUGGACGGUGCACGGCCGGUCUUUUCACUCGCCGUCCGGUUGCUCCUGCAAGGCGGCAUCUCGGCGCUCCAAGCCCUGUUCGGUCUGCUGGUGUGUGCCUGCCUGCUUCCCCUCUGCUGGUUCAAGCUGGUUCAGGCCUCGUGCAAGGGUGAGCUGCUUUGUUCCGUCCCCUUGUGCGUGCCGACGUCAUGUCUGAGAUCGGAAACUUUCUGGUGCAGGGCAGCUCGGAAGGGGCAAUGCGGGCGGCUGUCGUGGCUGCUGCAGCGGCUUUGCGCUGCGGAUGCACCUGCUUGUGUCCGUGGACGUCCUGUUUUGGCCACUGCUGCUUUUCCCGGUCUACGUGGCCGUAGGCCCCUGGUUCGUGGGCGAGCUGGUGGAUGGCCACUACGGGGUGUGCUUCCUCUGGGGCACCUACCUGAGAGGCAGGCUACUGCCCAGCGGACUCUCCUACCUCUUCGCCACGGCUUUUCUGCUCUUCUGCUACGUGCCGCUGGUAGUCGUCCUGACGCACGCGCUCUGGCGGAGGCGCCUGGCCCUGACGACUGGGGCACCCAUGGCCUCGGGUUUCUGGCUGGCGCUCGUGCUCGCGCUCCAGUGGACGUGGUCGGCUCCGUACAUCGUGGCCUACGGCUACCUCGCCCUCCUCCUGGGGUUCCUCUGCACGGGAACGCCGCUGGCUUCGCUGGUCGCCUGGCAGGUGGUACGCACGCUGCCGCAUCACAAGAUGGACACGUUCGAGCGGCUCUUGGGAACCUCUCGGUCGGACCUCGGCCCGACCAAGGCCGGUAGCAGUUGACCCCAGCUGCCGUCCGGAGCCGCCAUGUGGUUCGGCCUUCGUUGUCUGCGGCGGGCGACGCAGACGAUUCGGCGAUUCGGACGCCGAUCGAAGGAUUGACGCACCAGGAAACUAAUGCACCACGUUUGACCUCAAGGUCCUCGGCUGCGGAAGCACGUUAGGAAAAGGAAAUGAAACUUGCGCGUGUGGUCUAGUGGCACGGAAGGAAGCGUAGGCUGCCCCUUUUUGCUCGGUUUGCUCCCAGUGCAGACUCUGAGUUUCGCAGUGUGUCGACACUAAGCUCGUUCGAUUUACCGGCACGGGCCGGCAUCGGUGUGGAAAAGUUCAGGGGAAUGUACUUUCGGUUGGUUGUGUUUCUAUUUAGGCUGCACUCGUACAUCAAAUAUGAUGGCGUGCACACAGUGUGGCCGGUGCAGGUAAAACAAACGUAGCGACUUUUGUACAUGCGACGCGCACUGGUGGAUGGCAUUCUCGUUCUGGGCCCAGACCGAACGAAAGAGGCGGCCCACGUUUUUUUGUCCUGCGUGAAAGCAAGUGGACGGUUGUCUGCUAUUGCAGCUGUGUGCAUGAGGUGUGAAAGCUGCGGAAGUGAGUGUCGAGGCUGCAAGUGCAUAGCAGAAUGUGGUGAUUUUGGAAACUGAGGGUGGUACAACAAAGGCUUCAGGUGUUUGAUUGGUAGAAGACAUUGUUGCAAUUAGUUGCACAAAUCGCAAGAAUGGUCGGCGUCUUGUCUUGAUGUUAACGUCCUAGUUUAGCACUCGCCGCCCUAAACUGGUGCGCGAAAUUGAAGCAGUCCCGAUGUGCAUUCUCAUUGUGUUCUCGUUAUGCUACUACCUCUGUUUAUGCAGCAUAUGAAACGAAGCCUUUUAUGAGGCACUCUACUCUGGCCAAGUUUCUUUGCUCAACACAAUCGUUUAAAGCUCUGCACUUAAUUGCAGCUUAUGUCUUACGCGUAUUUAUUCUCUUUCAGUGCUUUAUUCGUCCUUGUGUCUUCACGCAGUAUUAACCCGUCAAGGUCUUGGAUCCAAGGGUGGAUCCCAAGUCACUUUACUGUAUCUUUCUUUCCCCUUCCAUGUAUCUUUCUUUCCCCCUUUCGUCAUUUCUUUCCGACAUUUUUUUACAUGCAGUUACUGCGCUACGAUCAUACUUACCAUAAAAUGCUCGACUCACUUACUGUGCGAUUCCAAUUUCGGAAUCUUUCUAUAAUUUCUGUCCUGCAUUGUGACACAUGUCAUGGUUGUUUUAAUGGAUGCACCACGUGGGCCCGUUUCCUAGUACUAUUCAGUGCUAGUCACUGUUACAUUGGCUUAGCUGAGCAUUAUUUGGUCGUGCAUCAAAUUCCUUGCCAAAACGCACGGGGAACCCAGAAUCCCAGCAUUGGCUCGCCGAGUACUGCUAAGCAUUUCAGGAAUCUUGAUCUGUGUGUCAUCUUUUGCUUGUCUCUCGUCUGUGCAUUACUUAAGGAUAAAUGAAAUGCAAAAAGUGCUUUUGAACGAUGUCUGCAUUAAGCCAAUGCUUUUGACAGGUGUAACUGUCACGCUCACCGUUCUGUGAUCCCUGUAAUGUGUGGGGUGUGCGAGUAGUAGAAAAAUAUAAAUGCUGCUAUUGUUUGCAAUGUAGUCACCCAUAGUGUGUUUUACACCACACAACUGGCGUCUUUCGCAAAGCGAGUGAUAAGAGUACUACAUGGUACACUUCUUGCAGCUGCUUGACCUCAGUCAAGCAUUACAAGCUCGGCGAGUUGGGAGAGUCCGAUGGGUUUUAAGCAUGUCGGACCUGAAUCGAUUUGAACCUAAAAUAUCUAGUCAUAUAUUUGGGGGGCAAAAACAGAUUUCUUUUUUAAUUUAGAUGAAAAACUCCAAUAUUCACGUGCCUCCACUGUUCGACAUUUAUAAUACAGCCCAAACUGUCUUGCAGAGAAUACUGUCCUAGUCCUUCAACUGGAGUUUUUGGUGCAGUACUCCAAUUAAUUUGCAUUUUUAUUUUGCACGGGUUUUUUUUUUUUUUUUGUUUGACACAGGCUUUCUGCAACAAUAAUUGUAGCAUCACUGUUAUUGAUUUCCAAUGCAAUGUGUAAUCACAAUUUUGCCGAUGCUGCGCAAAAUGUCGGGCAGUGCACCAUUUGUUGCAUCCUUUUUGUGCAACAUAGUAUUAUAUUAACAGGCCUAGUCGGCCCUGGUUUCCAACUGUUGUGCACUGUUGAGGUUACUCCCAGGGAAACUGUACGGCUGAUCUGUUUUUGAUGAGUCUUUUGCUUAAGUGUAUAAAUUGACUGUAUUCAAUGUUAGGUUGCAUAAAUAUAAAAGUAUGGUUAUUAAUAUA